AUGGCGGCGUGCCGGGGAUUCUUCGAGUGCCUGCUCAGGCUGCUCAACUUUUUCCUCACCGUCGCCGGCCUUGCCAUGGUCGGCUACGGGAUCUACCUGCUCGUGGAGUGGAUGAGGAUCUCCGGCGGUGGCGGAGGGGCACCGCCGUCUCCGGCCCCGCCGGCUGAGUUGCUUACGUUCGGCCGCCCGAUGCUCACGGUCGUGGCCCUUGGAGAAGGAGGCAGUUUCUUCGACAAGCUACCCAAAGCAUGGUUCAUCUAUUUGUUCAUUGGUGUUGGUGCUGUUAUCUUCGUCGUUUCUCUAUUUGGCUGCAUUGGAGCAGGGACAAGGAAUACGUGUUGCUUGUGUUGUUAUUCUUUCUUGGUCAUAUUAUUAAUCCUUGCUGAGGCUGGAGGUGCUGCAUUCAUAUUCUUUGACCAUAGCUGGAAAGAUGUAAUUCCAGUGGAUAAGACACAAAACUUUGAUGCCAUGUAUGACUUUCUGAAUGAAAACUGGAAGAUUGCAAGAUGGGUUGCUCUUGGUGUUGUUGUUUUUGAGGUAUUGCUUUUCUUGUUAGCUCUUGCUGUCAGGGCAAUGAACAAACCUGCCGAGUAUGACAGUGAUGAUGAAAUCAUUGGAACUGCUCGAAGCACUAGCAUCCGUCAGCCUCUCAUCCAUUCCCAGAAUGCUCCGGCUACUGGUGUUCCCGUCCCAACACUUGAUCAACGUGCGAGCAGAAAUGAUGCAUGGAGCCAAAGGAUGCGAGAGAAGUAUGGUCUGGACACAAGCCAAUUUACUUACAACCCAUCAGAUGCAACCAGAUAUCAGCAAAAUGGGGCACCUCCAGCUGAAGAAAGGAGCCGUUGCACUGUAAUGUGA